GUCGGAGAGAGAGAGCGACGUCACAGAGAGUAUGAGUAAAAGUGGCGUAAAUGCGAGUAAAAUGUCUGUUCAGUGGCGUUGACUGGCAUUCCCUCCCAAACUAGCGAUACCUCCCUCAGAAGUGGAUGCCCACCAGCGAUGGACUCAUACAUCUAUACACUGAAUAACCCGAGCAUUCAUUGCGUGAUCCAAGAGAAAGACCAACUGAUCUGUCGUCAGACCAAAGAGAUCGACGACUUGCAGAAAGCCAACCAAAUGCUCGCCAAAGACAACGAUCGGCUCAGAGCUGAUCUCGACUUACAGAAGAAGUUGUCCGAAGCGCUCGAGAAGUUUAAGUACACUCUCGAGAGACAUGUGGCGGUACUCAAGGACUACGACAAGAAUCGGUGGUCACUGCCGGACGUCGAGUCCGAGGUCCGAAUCUGGGAACACGAGUACCUCAUGAUCAGGAAGAUGCUGGAGAAGAAGGAACGGGAGGAACAGGCGUUGAUUAUGGGCCCCAACGGCUGCGUCGGUGGGAACGGCGUUCACCCGAACCCUGUGGCCACGAAUCAGCCGAACAGCGGACAGACACCACCGAAACAGCGGCGGUCGGCGCCUAAACCCAAGACCGUGGAGGUGGGCGCCGAUGGGACGGCCCUCAAGCGAUAUGUCUGCGAUUUUCCCAACUGUUCCUAUCGUAGCAAUUGGGCGCACGAUCUCAAGGGCCAUAAGCGGAAGCACACCGGCGAGAAGCCGUACACCUGCGGUUGGCUCAACUGUAAUAAGUCUUUCCGCGAUCUCCGGGACCUAAAGCGGCACCAAAGGGCUCAUACGGGCGACAAGCGGUACAGUUGCGAUUGGCCGGGCUGUGAGUACCGGAGCACCGACGUGGCCAACCUCGCCAAACAUAAGCGCACCCACACCGGGGAGCGGCCCUACAAGUGUGACUGGGCGGGCUGUGAGGCGUCUUUUGCUGACGGCUCUCACCUGAGACGCCAUCAGAAGAAACACGAGAAUCAGAUGACGAAACUGACGAAAACGGCGUCACCGUCGUCGACGAAGAAGCGACAGACGCCGGCGCCGCCCAAGACUACCGGCGCGCUGAUUAAGACGCGUCAACAGCCGGGCCGUAGGGCUAAGGGAUCGGGUGUUCGCGUGCCUCUCGAGAUGAAAGUCGGUUUAGCCGCCGAAGACAAGUCCGAUCUGAAGGGAACCGCUUUCGCAGACAAUGAUAGGCCGAGUUUUGCGGUCAAGAGUUGUCCGACAGUUGGCGACAACAACGGUGUGAACGCGAGUGACAGCCAAAGGACUCACGAAAAGAUCGUUGAAUCGGAUGUCGCGUCGAAAACGACAAUCGAAAGGGUGGUCGCCAGCGAUGCCCACGAAGUGAUAGUCCCGGAGCUGAACAACAGAGUCAUUGAUAUGAACAUAAGUAGCGAUCAGCCGAAGGAACAAAUGGGCGACAACUCGAGUCUCAUGAGCCGAAUGGACAUGAAUUCGGGUCCAAUGGAUGAGUCCAACAGACACCGGGACGUGACAUCGGAUCUGAAUGACCAACAGAUGAGUCUCAUGAGUGACGACAACAGACAGUGUUUUGUUAUCACAUCGACAAUGAUGGCCAACACGACACCAAACCUCAACUCUAGUCCACUAACAGAUCCGGCUAACAAAGAGCCCAUUGUUAGGUAUUCAGACAUUCACGGCCUAUGAAUGUAAUUUGUAAAUCAAUUGAAACUUAUUAUACAAUUAUGUGAUCAAGCACACAUUUAAGCUCAACAUUAUCGCCCACCAUUGACCCCCAUUAAUGUGUAUUUCUUAUUUAAAAACAUGAGUUUAUUUUGAGCCAUA